UUGGAGAAAAAAAUAAGAGGGCGAGAAAAUGUGUGUGUGUGUGUGCAAGUUAUUUUAAAAAUUAUUUCACCAACCGCUAGUGACGCAGAUUGGUAGAAAGCCUCACGUCUCAGCGAGUUAACGAGCCUGACGCUCACCUGCGCCAGGUGGGCUCGUUUCCCACAGAAGCCCACGUCACAACAAGCCUACCUCAGCGCGCCGCCUGCCGUCCAGUUCCACCCGAGUGUGCGUGUGUGUGUCUCGAUACACAAGGCUCUCAAGCAGGCUUACUGAACACACUGUCACCACCCGCACGAUCACAUCGAGUCGUCUGCAAGCCGAGCGCCAGAGACGGGAGGGUGCAGGAAAGAGCAGCUCUAGGUACAGCCAGGUCCAGAAGUGUCGCCAAUAGCAACACGACAUCGUGACUCGUCGACGAUAGAAGAUUUGUCCGAGGAUUAUCGAGUGACUCGGUCAGGGUGACCCCUCCCCCCAAAGCUGGUCAGCUGUACCCUCCCCCAUCUCCUUUGUCCAGUGGAACGGGGUCGUCGGGGUCAAGUCAGCAGGUUCUGUGGACAGACUUCAGGAGCGGAAUGUGGUCAGGGGUUGUUCGACUUGUAACCUGCUUGCUCCUGCUUGAUGGGGCGUGUUCACACGCACAUGACUGUGAUUUCACGGGAAGUGAACCCCAGCCAUCGCAGUGGAAACGGUGUGCUCUGUGAGACAGACGACUAUCCAGAAGACACACACAGAGAAAGGACAGGACAGCAUCCACAAGAAGCAAUACAUCACUGAGCAAGUUACCUACAGGUGGGAGAACCGUGUUGUGAAGUCUGUAGAAAGUAAAGCCGGCUGUUGUGUUCCUCCUCCACCACCCAGUUCGUCGUGGUUUGGAUUACACCUGUUGACUGACCUUGAGAUACCUUCAGGAAUUCGUCAAUACCGAGCGAUGACAUCAGGCCACGGGCACUAGCAGCGUCGAUCACGUCCCUUAGAGGGUGAGGGGCGACGAUUGGUAUUGCCCCAGCGGGAGGCCGGAUGGACGGUCUUGAUGCGGACGAAGAGUGGAGCGAUGCUUCUGAAGGAGCUGUAAAGUCAGGUUCGGCCACAGACGCUUCUAAAGGAGAACGAGAAGAGUUACUGAAUCGUCGGAGCGGCCAGUUGUUGUUGUCGUCAACGUUCAGCAUGUCGUCGCUGACGAAGAAGGACCCGGUGUCGCACGUGCUCGAGAAGAUCGAUGCUGAGCUCGCCGCCAUGUCGUCCUCACCCUCCUUGGCAACUGCCACACACCCAAGGCCGCCGUCUGCGGCAAGACUGAAAUCCCCGUCUCCUCUGCUGACGUUGUCAUGGCAACUCAAGUCCACCGGAAGUUCCGACACCGGCUUCGGCACCGGAAGCAGUCGGGUAGUUGUCGCCCCUGAUGCUGUGCAGCAGAAGGAGAAGGUUGCAGGCUUGGCGCAGAUGUACACCGACCCCGGGCUGACAGACGCCGCCACAGACGACGACACAGUUGGAGAUCGACUGGUGACAGAUGACCAGCCUAGUGACCUUGACUCUUUAGCCGCCGCCAAGAUCGACAACAGGUUCAAGGAGAUCAUGUCGAGAAAGAAGGGGAGCCCCAGUCCUGUCUCCUUUCUCCACAAAGUGUCAUCGCCGUCCUUCUUAUCCCAGCAAGAACCUCAGUUCUUGUCCCUCGUGAGACUGCCCACUGGCUACACCACCGACAACGAGUCCAUCAAAACGGAGGACUUCGAGAGUCGCUUCCGCAGUCUGCUAGUGACGUCAGACGGCAACAUGGUGGCGGAACCGGAACAGGCGUCAACCCCACGUUUACUAGGGCGAGGGUCAAAGGGCAAGAUCCCUGGCACCUCAACACCCAGGAAGUCCAUCCUGAGCAGCAGAGGAGCAGCAAAAGCUGAUGCGACCAGCAAAGCGGAUGUCGAUAAGACCGGGGACGGCCUUAAAAGUCCAGGUAACAAGUCAAAGCUGAACGGGAUUGUGAGGACAACCAUGCAACACACCAUGAAGUCGCUAGGGGAAACCACUGUCAAGUGGCCAGAGGAGACUGCGAGAGGACCGACUGCUUCCCUUGCCACACAGUCUGCAGACUCUGCUCCAGGAAACCUGCUUCCAGGGUCAGAGCUACCCGAGAGCGUCAGCAAUCAAGCGACAGAGGAUCUGGACGCCACCGCGCGCGAGAUCGAACGUCAGUCGGCGCACAUUCAGCGCGACAUGGAACGCGAGCGCCGCGCGAGAUCCGUGUCCCCCAUCCGGUGCCUGACGUCAUCACCAGCGACCUUGCCACCCAGACCCGCGCGCCCUGCCACACCCGCCCGUCUACAGACAACAACAACUGACUAUGGUUCUGUGAAUUAUGAUUCUGGUGAUGUGUUUGCCUCCAGCCCGACAGUCAACAAGGACGUUUCUGAAAACACGAUUGCUGGGCAGGAGCUGAGGACACUGCGGGAGGCUCUGUUCACCACCAGGCUGCAGCUGAAGGCGGCGGAGAAAGAAGCCAAGGAGAUGCGAGACAAGGCCGAGGAGGCGAGGUCGCAGCUGAUGCUGCUGGAGUUCAAGAGAAGCACUGCUGCCAAGGAGCUCGACCGUCUGAUCGACGAGAUCUCCCGCAAGAAGGGCAUGAGCCAGCUGUACGACUCCGAGGUGCAGGCCAAGCUCAGCGAGAUCAGGGGCUUCCAGGCUCUGGGCAUCUCCAUGGAAACAGUGCGGCUGCUGCAAGAGGAGAACGACACCCUGAAGCUGCGGCAGCGCGGACUCCGCACAGCGGAACUGGAGCGAGACGAGUUGUCGCGGCAGCUGGAGGCGGCCAAGGAGGACCUCCUGCGCGAACAGAAGCAAGCUCGCCUGCAGCGUGAAGAACUUAGCGAGGAAAUUGAGACGUUGACAGCGAGGCUGGAGGAGACUCAGAACAACCUGUCCAUAGCCCAGAGGACCACAGACAAGCUGGAGGACGCCUUCCGUCAGAUGGAGCGAGAAAAGAACGAACUGAUUCAGGAGACGACGAAGGAAUACGCCGCCCUGAAGGUGAGGGCGAACCAGGAGAGUAAGGAGAGCAGGCAGCUCAUGACCCGGGAGGUGGAGGUCAUCAACGAGGAGCUGCAGGAGCUGCGAGUCCGCGUCAACGACCUGCUGGCUGACAACAAGAUGAAGGAAGAGCAGAACAGCCAGCUGAGAGAGAACCUAAACGCACUGCAAAGUCAGUUGUCCCAAGAGCAGGCCUCCCGCGCUGCCGUCACGGAGGAUCACCGCAAGACUCUGCAGAUGUUGCGCAAAGAAACGGACACGGCCAUGCUGCAGCUGCGAGAGUCGCUGUUCUUGGACAAGCAGAGGGCGCUGGAGGAGCUGCGCGCGGAGGUGGAGAGCGAGCGGCGGGACAGCACGUCCAGGGCGGAUGAACGCAUGGCGCAGCUGCUGGGCGAGAACGCAGCGCUGUUGUCGGAGAAAAACCAAGAGAUCGCGAGACUUCAGGAGAAGGUGCGAGAUGUCCAGCGGAGUGUGGACAGACGUGUUCAGGAGGUCACAGAUCAGAAGAUGCGGGAGGCGGUGGUGAGGGAGAGUGCGCGCUUGGAGUCGGAGAGCCAGUGGAAGCUGCGAGCUGAACGAGAAGCCAUGACUCGCGAUGCCAAGCAGAUGGUCGACGAGAUGAAGAUGGCGCUGGACCAAGAGAAAGAACUCACUCACCAUCUGAAGCGAGAAGUGUCGCAGAUGAAAGAGGAACUGGAGGAACAGAGGCGUCAGAGCCGGGAGGCACAGAAAGAGAAGCUGAUGGCUGUAGCUCGAGCUAAAGAACAGACAAGGGAACAAGGGAGUCUCGAGCUGGAAAAGGUGAAGGAAAAAGUCCGACAGGACAUGCAGCGCGAGGUGGACCGGGUGCAAAGCCAGCUCCGCCAAGCGGAGGACGAGAUUCGAACACUGAAGUCGGAGAAACAGCAGAUCGUCAGUCGAGAGAAAGACAGCCAGGCCUCGCUUGACCGCGUAGAGAAAACUGUUAUCAACGAGCUCAACGAGGAAUGCCGACGAGGAGCCACUGCUCUGGGUGUGUCACCUAGACAGGUGCAACUCAGCGCCGUCACCGAGUCCACCUCCACCCGUGCGCAGAUCACAGCAGCCCUGGCCAACCUGCGAGCUGUCAAUGAAGAGCUCCGGAACCACAUUCAAGAGUUGUCUACCGAGCUGGAGAGGUGUCGCUCUGUCAUCAGUGAAUUGGAGAAAGAGAAAGUCGAGGUGGCAGAGGGCGUGCGCCUUGAGAUGGACAAGAAGAGGGUGCUGGAGCUGGACAGACUGAAGGAAAAGCUCUCAAAGGAACAUGCAGAGGAACUGGCAAAGGUGGCUCAGGCCAGCGCCCGCCAGUCCCUGGCCAACUCCAUGGUAACGGCUUUGAGACGCAAGGACCAGGAGAUCGAGGAGCUGAAGAACUCGCUACAGACCUGGCGAGACCAGACUGCCGAGAAAGUGGCUCACCUGUACAAGACGGAGCUUGCCCGAGAACUGGAAAAGUCUCAAGCUGUCGUGAGUCAAAACAACUUUGAGCAGAAACAGGUCAACGAGAUGCAGCAACGAGAAAUAGACCGACUGGAGAGAGAGGUGCAGCGGCUGGCCAUGAUGCAGUGCAGCAAGCCCCCCGUGGCCCCCCGCGCCGUGUCGCCCAGCCCCCUGUCGCAGCAGCAGCAGCAGCAGCAGCAGUACCUGCAGGCCCGCAUCAAGCAGCUGACGGCGGACAACGACGCGCUGCGCCGCAAGCAACUCUUGUCCAGAAACAACCUCUCUGUUCCGGACUUGUCGGCCCUGUCACCCACCCAGACAUCCCCUCGCCGACCUCUAUCACCUACACGUGAGCCGAGAGACAAGUGAGACACCUGGAAGACAGAAUUCGUCUGGGCGAGAAGGAGGCCAUCAUAGCCGAGGAGCGAGCAAAGCUCAGUCAGUCGUUGCUGUCGCACAAAAUGGCGGAAAUGACGAAGCUACAGAAUACUCUCAACUGCCAGAACCAGGAGCUGAUGCAGCUGGAAAAGGCCUACACCCAGCUGCAUCGCCAGUACAACAACACACCUGUGAUGUCAGCCCACCACGUGCUGACCCUCUCCCGGUAGCCGCACCCACUUCAAAGGAGCCGCGGGUCACGUGCUCGGAACCUGCGCCUGACCGACACAAGGACAUUUACGCGCAUCCACUUGUUUGUUUUUUUUGUUUUUGUUUUUGUUUUUUGCCAAACGUGGCAGACAAUCAUUGGUAAACCAGGAUAUCUUGAAGCAGCCCAAUAUUAGAAACCUUUAGUCACAGUUACUAGGCUAUAGACAGAGCUGCUACGGCCAUCUUGUGUACAAUUUAUUUCCUUCCUUCUUUCGUGUAUUUUUUUUUCUUCCACAUUCUAAGUCCUCUUUCUUUCUUUCCAUUUUUUUUAGGUUCGUUCGUUCGUUCUUUCCUUCCUUUUUUGUUUCUUUCCUGUUUUGGUUUUUCCUUUUCUGUCAGUCUGCCUUCUCUUGUCUUGCUUUUGUUUGCUCUUUAUUUCCUACCACCCUACAUUUUCUGGGUGUAUCGUUUGUUUUUACCGAUAGAUAACAAACGUUUAGUAAACAUUGCAUCUUUAGCGGAAUCGGACUGCUCUCAGGCAAAGGACACUGCCAAAACAAGGAGAGAAGUGGUAGAAUUUUGGUAGAAGUAUUUCCAUUAACAUAUUUUUAUACCUCCAGUGUUUAAAGAGAUGAGCUGGUCAGAUCAUCCGUAGCAUGUAGCUGCACUUGGGCAUCUGGCAUUAACCUCAGUGAUGUGAAGAGAUGAUAGUCAGCCAACUGCACGAGAAAAAUGUUUAUCGCAGGAUAAUUGUUUUUAUUACUAAAAGUCCAUCAUUUUUCAUCUCUACUCUUUAUUUCAACCCAGAUCCUGGCUCCUGGGGAAGAGGCCAUAUUUUCUGGCGAUUAUACUGAUUUUUUGGUACACAUUAGAUAUGGGUAGAUACAGAAAGGAAGAGUGUGUGUGUGUGCGAAAAGCAGGCGGAGGAUGUGCUGUUAACAGGAUGGAAGAAAGUCUGAUAUGCCUGAGGAUGAAUGGACAGAAACAUUACUGAAAAUGUUUGCUUUAAGUGCUAAUUAAAUGCUUUGCUCUUAGUUCUCAGUAUGUGAAAAAUGUUUAAACAACCUUUAGCGAUGCCUGCAGCUUACCUCAGGCAGAAGGAAAUUUGAGUAAGUUAGAAAUAUCUCCUGCCACAUGACCAUAGUAGUUUUCUCACUAAGCCACAAAAGUAUUGAGAGGUUCAACGUGUUCAAGGCUCCCGCAAAGUGACCUUUGAACCUGGCCUCUGGCAUGCCAGGUAGUAUUAUUUGUGACAUAAAAACGAACUGCUUUUGUUCACUUUUGUUUUGCUUGUUUUCCAGACAAAAUCUCGGAGUUCUAUUUGUUUCAAAGCAGUUAGGUCCUUUAUUUUUAAUUCAACCUAAUCUUUGUAUAAACUGUCGAUGCUCUUAGUGGGAAGUAGGGUGGCUGUGUGGGUGAGGCUUUUUGGAAAUUAUCUAAUUGCUCUUUUGAAUUUCCUGACUUCUCUCAAGCAGCCUGUGUGAAGAUAUUCUCACAGCUUGAGGGUUUGACUCCAGGGCUUCUUGGUCAUACUUGGUCAUACUUGGUCAUACUUGGUCAUACUUGGUCAUUCUUCCCACAACUCCACAGCUUUCUCCUCUCUCCUUUCUCUCUGUCUCGUCCUCUGGGCAAUGGAUGACAGCAGAUGGCAAUAUUAACAGUAUAUAAUUUUACUUUCAUAGGAACAUGAAUAUUAAGACAUUGCACACUUUACAUGUAUUGAAGUACAUACAUGUGAUGAUGGUUUAAUUUUAAUUUAAUUUUAACUGUGAUAUCAAUAAUUUGAUUUCUAAUCACACCCUGGCUGUGAAAUACUGUCAACCUUGUACAGGAGCUUGUCAUUGAUAUGUGAUAUCUAGUAUUGGUGAUAAGAUAAUGCAUAAAUAUAUUUUUCAUACAACCAUAUAUUUUGGUUGUGUAUGUAUGUUAUUAUACUUGGAAAAUCAUAAAGAAGCUACUGUUGGUGUUUUCCGUGCUUAUGGAAGUUUCACAAGGUUGUAGGUGGUUGUAUAAUCAGUUAAUUAGUUUCGUACAAAUAUCCCCAUCUUAUUUUGUUAAACUUCCUUUCCAACCACACCAACAACUCAGUUUUUACAUUGUGUUGUAAAACUUCUAUUCAUAUAUCCAAUCUCCAUCGUUUAGGUGUGUGAAACAUUAAGCACUCAGCAUGAAGGGUCAGUGUUUAUACAGAGUCCAUGCAUGUAAACCUUAUACAAAUGUUAAUAUUUUUGCCAGCCUUUGUGAUAAAAGUAAAUAUAUGGAAGUUGAUUUGUUUCUGUAAACUUUGGUUCAGAUUCUUAUAACCUGUAUGUUGGUUUCCUAAGUUUCUUUUCAAGCACUCACACCUACACCUGAAAGUUGUUUUUCUUCAAGCAAUGUGAUAAACAUCUUUGUUCUCAAUCAUUUCUCUUGUCUUAUAACCUGAGUUGCAAUGUGCAGUUGUAUUAUUUAAUCUAUGUAAAGCUGAAUUGACUUGAGGCAUCGAACUGUUGAAGUAACAAUCAAAUGGCUGUAUCGUCACUGACAUUCCGUCCUUUCUUUGUCAUCUUAUAUUACUUUUGUAAUCAAGUACAACAUGAAGAUGAUAUUAUAUAAAUUUAAUAUAUAACAUAAAUAUAAGGGCCCUGUAUAUUUGUGAUCUAUCCGUCAUUUUUGUGCUACUAAUGAAUUAUUCUUUCAAUCCGCUAACUUGACUGUCUUUGUUUUUAAGGUCCUGUUCAUUAAGGGUCGUCUACUCGUUCCUUUUUUUCUCAUCUUUCCUUCAAACUGUCAUCCUUAUUUGUCGUACCAAGUAUGUAUGGUGCAUAUUGUCUUUUACUGUGUAUUGGUGACAGAAUAUAACGAAUAUUAUACAGAACUUUGGCUGUGUACAAAGUGUAAACCUGUGUGACUGAGCAAUAAACUUCCAGUUAUCAACCUU